AAACCCAAGAGGGCAAGACACCCAGUCCGUCCAUUAGCCGCCAUGCCAGCUUUGAUACAGACCAGGUGUCCAAGGACUUUGUGGAGUUUUUAAAAAACCUCCAGAAGCCCGGCCGGGAGAUCCACAAGCAGUGCAGAGCCUUCCUUGUGAAUAUGUCGAGCAAAAAGGAUCUGAGUGCUGAAGAGCUGUCGGAGUGCGUCCAGGAUUUCUACCAGAACCUGGCCGACCGCUUGAUGGGUCACUUCAAAGGGUCCUCAGAGUCAGUGGAGCAGGUGAUGGACCAGGUGGAAAAGUACAUAAUGACUCGUCUGUAUAAGAGCGUGUUCUGUCCAGAAACCACUGAUGACGAGAAGAAGGACUUGGCCACACAGAACAGGAUAAGGGCGUUACACUGGGUGACCAUCCAGAUGCUCUGUGUGUCUAUGGACGAGGAAAUCCCUGAAGUCUCUGAGAAUGUGGUCAAAGCAAUAACAGAUAUCAUUGAGAUGGACUCGAAGAGGGUUCCUCGGGAUAAACUCGGGUGCAUCACUCGCUGCAGUAAACACAUCUUCAGCGCCAUCAGGAUCACCAAGAACGAGCCGGCCUCAGCUGACGACUUCCUCCCCGCGCUCAUUUACAUUGUGCUCAAAGCGAACCCUCCGCGACUUCAGUCCAACAUCCAGUACAUCACCCGCUUCUGUAACCCCAGCAGGCUGAUGACCGGAGAGGACGGAUACUACUUCACCAACCUG